AAGACUAGCUAGCGGUAUGUUUCGUCAGCUUUUACGGACCCGGGUCGUCGGGACCAGAACGGCCUAUCUGAACCGAUGGCACGGUGUUUGUCGAGCGGAGGUAGCGGCUCUAAAAAUAAACAGUGUUGUUCUCAUAAACAUGUUAUUUCUGUUAUCUGCAGCCGAGCACAGAGACAACAACUGUGCUGCCAGCCCUGGUGGUGGCUGUGGGGAACCUGCAGUGCCCCACCACCAAGAGAGAUCACUGUGCACCAGAAGUGACGAGGUCAGACUGGCAGAGGAGGCCAGCAAGAGGUAUGGCUCUCCAGCUCCAACCAUCUUCUCCAGAGUGAUCGAUAAAAGCAUCCCUGCAGAUAUCAUUUAUGAGGAUGAGAAGUGUUUGGCAUUCAGGGAUAUCAGCCCACAGGCCCCUGUACACUUCCUGGUCAUCCCAAGGAUCCCGAUUCCCAGAAUAAGUGAGGCCAAAGAUGAUGAUGCUGAGCUUUUAGGACAUUUGUUGGUUGUUGCAAAAAAUGUGGCCAAGCAAGAAUCUCUAAAGGAGGGAUACAGAGUGGUGAUCAACGAUGGAAAGCACGGCGCUCAGUCAGUUUACCACCUUCAUGUUCACGUCCUGGGAGGAAGACAGCUGACAUGGCCACCUGGAUAAUGGUCUCCUGUGUAUGUUAAUGUGUAUUUUCUGUCUCCCUGUCUUAUGUUUAGUGUGACAUGAUGUAUGAAGGCUGUAGUUCAUCCAAAAAAAAAAUAAAUUCUCAUCCCAAUUUCCACAUAAAAACUCCCUUCACCUCACAGAAUAUGACAUGUAAAUAUGUUGAUCUUGGCAAAUGUAAAAAUUAAAUGUAAAAAUGAAGAGUAAAGACAUUAUGUUUGGUACAGCUGCAAAUAAAGACACUAUUUCUACAGAAA